GUUGUGGUUAGCGCGGAAGUAUGUUGCAUGAGUUUCUUAAGGUUUCUCUUUGCCAUUCACUGGACGUCUCUUUCAGUUUCUAAGUUUACAAUUAUAAUAUAAUCUUGAUAUCUUGAGAUGACGGAGAGAGACGGUGCUCCUGCUCCUGUAGGCCGGGCGAUGCUGCAGCAGUGUCUGCAGGCCAGGCUGCAGGUGAAGCCGGCAGAGGAGCGGUCAGAGGCUGAGUUUGUCCAGAUCGACAGAGGAAUGGUGAUCUACAUCUGCUUCUUUAAGGGAGCCACAGACGACAUCCUGCCCAAAAUGGUAUCCACACUCUUGAACCUGCGUCUGUGUGAGUCCGACUCGGGGAAGAUGGUGUCGGUGUUGGAGCUCCCCGGCAGCAUCUUGAUCGUCCCUCAGGCCACGCUGGGCGGGAAGGCCAAAGGUCGGGCCAUGCAGUACCACAACAACAUCGGCAAAGAGGACGGGCUGCGGCUGUACGGCGCAUUCGUCUCUCUGUGUGAGAAGGAACUGGCGGCUGCUUCAGCUGAAGUGACGGUGAAACACGGGACGUACGGAAACAGACAAGUGCUGAAGAUGGACACCAACGGACCUUACACACAUCUGAUGGACUUCUGAGGAAUGAAGCUUGGAUUGUGUCAUUUAGAGUUCAUCACUGCCUCUUAAUUAGUGUCUGAAUAUCUACCAACAGGUUGGGAAAUGGCUAAGACUUCAUGUAUUUAGAGCUGCAAUGAUAAGGCGAUUGACAGAAAAGAAAUAUAUCAAACUAUUUUGGUAAAUGAGUAAUUGUUCAAGCAAAAAAUGGCAGAAAAUGCUCAAAUAUGGGAAUUCCCUGCUCGUCUCUAUCUAAUAUUAUAUGAAAAAUGAUUAUGUAAUGAGAUUUGAGAAACUGGAAUGGACAAUUAACUAUUUUCUGUCAUUUUUUAGGACAUUCAAUUAAUUGAUCUAGAGAAUUAUCUCCAGAUGAACUGAUAAUAAACAAUAAUUGUUAAUUGCA